AUGACUGGCGCAUGUGGGGAAGGCGAGAACGGCGAGGACGGCGAGGACGGCGAGGAAGGCGAGAACGACGAGGUGAGAAGGAGAGUAGCCUCUGAAGACAGCCAGAGCGGCAACGAGACGGUCGACCUCAUGCGUCGUCGUGUCUCUGCCCUGCCCGAUGUUGAGUGGGCGUCCGUGCGGCAAUGUGACGUCGUCGACGCGAGAGAUGCUUCCGAG